UUGUUUUUGCUUUUGCUUUUUAAAGCAUGCUUACAAUAUUUGAAACAAGUUUGUAUGACUCUGUCCUCAAACUACACACUAGCCUUACUGAAACCAACAAACAGAGAUGGCAUAUGGCGUUUGUUACAAUCUAUUGUUCCAGAGCCUUCACCUCUUGCUUUGAAGCCAAGAAGAACAACAGAAAGGUAUCCCCUUUUCUUCCAUCUAACUCAGUUGUCGUCAUCGAUGUCCCCGAACCACCACACCCGUGUUUCAGAAAUAUUGAUAAGUCGAGUCUCACCCAACUUGUAAAAAAGAAAAAUCUAAACCAGCUUGUUGAAAAACAUGGUGGAGUUCAAGGUUUAGCUUCUGAUCUCAAAACCAAUUUGAAGAAUGGCAUAAAUGGAGAUGACGAAGAAGAUAUUUCGCGCAGACACAAAGCUUUUGGCAGUAACACAUAUCAAAGGCCACCCACCAAAGGUUUCUAUCGUUUCGUGUGGGAGGCUUUGAAAGAUCCUACUAUUAUAAUCCUUUUAGUAUGUGCAGCUCUUUCACUUGGAUUUGGCAUCAAAGAAAAUGGGCUGAAAGAAGGGUGGUACGAUGGAGGCAGCAUAUUUUUUGCUGUCUUUCUUGUCAUAGCAGUCUCAGCAUCUGCAGGAAGUAAUUUCAAGCAGAGUAGGCAAUUUCUCAAAUUAUCUAAAGUCAGCAACAAUAUCCCGAUUGAUGUUGUGAGAAAUGGAAGGCGGCAACAAGUUUCGAUUUUUGAAAUUGUUGUUGGAGAUGUUGUUUGCUUAAAGAUUGGAGAUCAGGUUCCAGCUGACGGCCUAUUCAUAGAUGGCUACUCACUACAAGUUGAUGAAUCGAGCAUGACAGGCGAAAGCGAGCACGUAGAAGUAAAUCUUAACCGAAAUCCAUUCUUGUUUUCGGGUACUAAGGUGGCUGAUGGGUUUGGCCGAAUGCUUGUCACAUCGGUUGGCAUGAGCAUGACAUGGGGUGAGAUGAUGAGCACAAUCAGCCGCGACACCAACGAGCAAACGCCUUUACAAGCCCGGCUCAACAAACUAACCUCAGCCAUAGGCAAGGUUGGUUUGGUUGUUGCUUUCCUAGUUCUAGUGGUGUUGUUGGUUCGGUAUUUCACAGGCAAUACAAAAGAUGAAAAUGGAAAUACAGAGUUCACUGGAAGCAAGACAAAAGUUAAUGACAUUAUUAAUUCUGUUGUGGGGAUUGUAGCUGCUGCAGUAACUAUUGUUGUUGUUGCAAUUCCUGAAGGCUUGCCAUUGGCUGUCACACUUACUUUGGCUUAUUCGAUGAAGCGAAUGAUGGCUGAUCAGGCAAUGGUGAGAAAGCUCUCUGCAUGUGAAACAAUGGGUUCUGCCACCGUCAUUUGUACUGACGAAAUAGGCACCCUCACACUCAACCAAAUGAAGGUAACAAAGUUAUGGCUCGGCCAAGAAUCGAUGGAGGAAAGAAAUUCAACUUCAAUUUCAGACAAUGUUCUUGAAUUGCUCCACCAAGGUGUCGGUUUGAAUACGACAGGCACUGUUUACAAGUCUACUUCAGGAUCCGAAUUUGAGUUCUCUGGCAGCCCCACCGAAAAAGCAAUUCUUUUUUGGGCUGUCAAGGAACUAAACAUGGAUAUGGAGAAACUGAAGCAGAGCUGUUCAAUCCUCCAUGUUGAAGCCUUCAAUUCAACAAAGAAAAGAAGUGGCGUUUCAAUGAGGAAGAAGGAUGACAAUACAAUCAACGUGCAUUGGAAGGGGGCUGCAGAGAUGGUGCUUGCAAUGUGUUCCCAUUACUAUGAUGUCUCUGGAGAAAUCAAGGCCUUGGAUGAUGUUGAAAGGAAGAAAUUUGAUCAAAUGGUCCAAGGUAUGGCCGCGAGCAGCCUUCGAUGCAUUGCUUUUGCUCAUAAACAAGUUCAAGAAGAAGAGAAUGAAGGUGAAAAAGUGAACAAAAAUUUGAAGGACAGCAACUUGACCCUUUUGGGAUUGGUAGGUAUAAGGGAUCCAUGUCGGUCUGGUGUGCAGAAAGCUGUGAAAGCUUGUCAGUAUGCUGGAGUGAACAUCAAAAUGAUCACUGGCGACAAUGUUUUCACUGCUAGAGCUAUAGCCACUGAAUGCGGGAUACUUAGGCCUAAUCAGGAUCUGAAUGGAGCAGUGGUAGAAGGUGAGGAAUUUCGCAAUUACACGCCAGAGGAGCGAUUGGAGAAAGUUGAUAAAAUCUGUGUGAUGGCAAGAUCUUCCCCAUUCGAUAAACUUCUCAUGGUGCAAUGCUUGAAGCAGAAAGGCCAUGUUGUGGCAGUUACUGGUGAUGGCACGAAUGAUGCUCCGGCAUUGAAGGAAGCAGAUAUAGGUCUAUCCAUGGGGAUUCAAGGAACAGAAGUGGCGAAAGAGAGUUCAGACAUUGUCAUUUUAGAUGAUAACUUUGGUUCUGUAGUCACGGUCUUAAAGUGGGGAAGAUGUGUUUACAACAACAUUCAAAAAUUCAUCCAAUUCCAGCUCACUGUGAACGUUGCUGCGCUUUUCAUCAACUUUGUCGCAGCAGUUUCAGCCGGUGAAGUCCCACUUACAGCUGUCCAGUUAUUGUGGCUGAACUUGAUCAUGGACACCUUAGGUGCUUUGGCUCUGGCCACAGAAAAGCCCUCCAAAGAACUCAUGAAGAAACCACCCGUGGGGCGAACUAAACCACUCAUCACCAACAUUAUGUGGAGGAACCUACUAGCUCAAGCAUUCUACCAGAUAGCCGUGCUACUGACCUUACAAUUCGGAGGCAAAUCAAUCUUUGGGGUGAAUACAAAUGUCAACAACACGCUAAUCUUCAAUACUUUUGUGCUUUGCCAAGUUUUCAACGAAUUCAAUGCAAGGAAGCUUGAGAAGAAGAAUGUCUUCAAGGAAAUACAUAGAAGCAAGUUGUUUUUGGCGAUCAUUGGGAUUACCAUUGUUCUUCAAGUGGUGAUGGUGGAAUUCCUGAAGAAAUUUGCAAGUACAGAGAGGUUGAAUUGGUGGCAGUGGGUAGUAUGUAUUGGAUUUGCUGCAGUAUCUUGGCCGAUUGGUUGGCUUGUGAAGUGGAUACCUGUUCCAGAGAAACCAUUUUUCAGCUACCUCAAAUGGAGAAAUACAAAAUACUUGUAAAUAUGAAUAGUUAGGUAUUUAAUACUUGAUAUCAUAGACAUUGUUAGUUUUAUCAUUAUGUAUGUUCAAUUACUGUAUUAUAAGUGACAGUUUAAUAAAUGAGCAAAUAAUAAAACUU